GGAUUUCCAUCCUCGGCGCUUCGCAGUUUCCUCUCCUUGUUUUGCUUUCGAUCUGGACUGUUCUCAGGCGAGCUGGGGAGUAACUUUUAGUUUUGCUCCUGCGAUUAUUCAACUGACGGGCUUUCAUUUCCAGUUCACACACCCUUGCCGCACUUAGACCUUGCGGGAUUCUAUUGGUACCGUGAAAAAAGCACACUGCGAGAGGGCACCAUGCCGGUGGAAAGGAUGCGCAUGAGGCCUUGGCUGGAGGAGCAGAUCAACUCCAAUACGAUACCAGGGCUGAGGUGGCUUAACAAGGAAAAGAAGAUUUUUCAGAUCCCCUGGAUGCAUGCGGCUAGACAUGGGUGGGACGUGGAAAAAGACGCACCACUCUUUAGAAACUGGGCCAUUCACACAGGAAAGCAUCAACCAGGAGUAGAUAAACCUGAUCCAAAAACAUGGAAGGCGAAUUUCCGAUGUGCCAUGAACUCCUUGCCUGAUAUUGAAGAAGUUAAGGAUAAAAGUAUAAAGAAAGGAAACAAUGCCUUCAGAGUAUACCGUAUGCUGCCCUUAUCUGAGAGACCUUCUAAGAAAGGAAAGAAACCAAAGACAGAAAAAGAAGACAAAGUUAAGCACAUCAAGCAAGAACCAGUUGAGUCCUCUUUGGGGCUUGGUAAUGGAGUAAGCGAUCUUUCUCCUGAAUUUGCGGUCCUGACUUCAGCGAUAAAAAAUGAAGUGGAUAGUACCGUGAACAUCAUAGUUGUAGGACCGUCCCAUCUUGACAGCAACAUUGAAGAUCCAGAGAUUGUCGCUAACCCACCGGACAUUUGCCAAGUUGUAGAGGUGACCACGGAGAGUGAUGAGCAGCCGGUCAGCAUGAGUGAGCUCUACCCUCUGCAGAUCUCCCCCGUGUCUUCCUACGCAGAAAGUGAAACAACUGACAGCGUGCCCAGUGAUGAGGAGAACACCGAGGGUCGGCCACACUGGUGGAAGAGGAACAUUGAAGGCAAACAGUACCUCAGCAACACGGGGACGCAGAGCUCAUGCCCGCUCCCAGGCAUGGUGACCUUCGUCACUUCCAACAAGCCGGACCUCCAGGUCACCAUCAAAAAGGAGAGCUAUCCACUGCCUUACAACAGCUCCUGGCCCCCCUUCCCCGAUCUCGCCAUCCCUCCGCCCGUGACGCCAGCACCCAGCAGCAGUCGGCCAGACCGGGAGACCCGGGCCAGCGUCAUUAAGAAGACAUCGGACAUCACCCAGGCCCGAGUCAAGAGCUGUUAAGCCUCUGACCUUUCCUGGUGGUUGUUGGGAUUUCUUGGCUUUGUUUUGUGGUUUGUUUGUAUUUUAUUUUUAUUUUUUUUUCUCUCCGACACCUAUUUUAGAUAAAUCUAAGGGAAAAAAAAGCCUUGACAAUAGAACACUCAUUUAACUCAGGACUCCAGCCACUGAUGGACGUGUGUUCCUAGAGCCUGCUGGACCUCCAGGGCUACUCCCUCGAGUUCAAGGACCAACACCCACAUGGGCAGUGGAGGCACUGCGUUUGCCUGCGGGCAAGGCCGGCGUGAUGGAGUGGAUGCCUCAGAACGGAUGAGAAAAUGUGAACGAGCUGGAAUUUUUUAUUCUUGUGAAUAUGUACAUAGGGCGGUCCUAGUGGCCUGCAGUCUGCUUCGCACCUUAUCUCUAAGCACUUACAGAUAGGCCUUCUCUCGAUCUUGCUCUUUGUCACAGUGCAGCCAGCCUCCCCCUCUGCCCUGUGCCCCCACCCCAUCCUGUCCAGGUCCCUUCCUCCUCUUCCUCCCCUCAGAGGCUCUGCUCUACAUCCAGCGGGAGAAAAAGAAAAUGAACUUCUCCACAGAUGUCCCAUUUUAAGACUGCUUUAAAAAGAGAGAGAGAGAGAAUCUUUCUAAUCUGCCAUGCUUGAAUGCCACGCGGUACAAAGGAAAAAACGAUCAUGGAAAUAUUAUGCAAAUUCCCAGAUUGGAAGACAAAAGUACUCCUAAUUCUAACCAGAGCAAGCUUUUUUAUUUUUUAUACUGGGAGGGGGGUGGGGAAUAUUUUAUUCAAGGUAAAAUUCUAAAUAAGAUAUAAUUGUUUUUUAUCUUUUCUACGGCAAAUUUAUAAUUUUAAGAUUCCUUUUCUUGUUUAUCAGCAGUUGUUAUUACAUCUUUGUGGCACAAGUUUUUUUUUUUUUUAAUUUUGUAAAGGUGAAGAACAGCUUUUAUGAGCUUGUGUAGCAAUCAGAUUAUCCUGUGGAUUGAUAAUAAAUGAAUAUGAUAUAUAGUUAAAUUUUUAA